UUCACUUUGCUUGUCUUCACGUAACCGCUCCGUUCCCUCGACAAACCCUAGAACACAAAAUUCCUCAUCCUUCUCUACUCAUCCACUGUUUCCAUUUUUUGGAAUUUCAUCAAAUUCGAGAGGAAUUAGGGUUUCCCUAUCCAUCUUUGCAUUUCAUCACCAACUUCCCACUCUCAUCUCGUAGCAAUGGAUGCUCAGAGAGCUCUGCUUGACGAACUCAUGGGUUCAGCUCGCAACAUGACGGAGGAAGAGAGAAAGGGGUUCAAGGAAGUCUCUUGGGACGAUAAGGAAGUGUGUGGAUUCUACAUGGUGCGGUUUUGCCCUCACGAUCUCUUCGUCAACACUCGCAGUGAUCUGGGACCUUGCCCGAGAAUACAUGACCCAAAGCUGAAAGAAAGCUUUGAGAAAUCCCCAAGACAUGAUGCAUUUGUACCCAAAUUUGAAGCCGAACUUGCUCAGUUUUGUGAGAAAUUGGUGAUGGACUUGGAUAGAAGAGUAAGACGUGGGCGAGAACGCCUUGCUCAAGAGGUGGAGCCAGCGCCGCCGCCACCUCUGACAGCUGAAAAAUCUGAACAGCUAUCUGUGCUGGAGGAGAAAAUAAAGAACCUUCUGGAACAAGUUGAAUCUCUUGGUGAAGCUGGGAAGGUUGAUGAAGCUGAAGCUCUUAUGAGAAAGGUGGAGACACUUAAUGCGGAAAAGACAAUCUUAACACAAACUCAAAAUGAUAAGGUGUUGAUGCUUGCUCAGGAGAAGAAGAUGGCACUCUGUGAGAUAUGUGGUUCUUUCCUUGUAGCAAAUGAUGCUGCAGAAAGGACUCAGUCUCAUGUCACUGGGAAGCAGCAUGUUGGUUAUGGCAUGGUUCGUGACUUCAUAAAUGAGUACAAGGAUGCUAAGGAGAAGGCUACUGAAGAAGAAAGAUUAGCUCGGGAAAGAGAGGCAGAAGAGCGAAGGAAACGAAGGGAGAAGGAGCAUGAGAGUAAGAGACGAAGUGAUUCAAGUGAUAGGGAGAGGCAUCAUGAUAAAGAUCGAGAUAGGGAGCGGGACAGAUACAGAGAUAGGGACUCAGGUCGUGAAAGAUCUCGGGAGCAGGAUGUAAGAGGUAAUCGAGAUGGGGGAAGGGGGAUGGAUUCUAGGUUGAGGAAUGGAAGAAAUGGAGGCAGAGACAGGUACCGUGAUCGGAGCAGGUCACGCUCUCCUGUUAGGCAUAACUACAGAAGGCCUUCUUGAAGUUCAAUUUGCUCAAAUUAGUGGAAUUUCUUGAUAGAUGUCAGAAUUUGAAUUUAAAAGAGGUAGACCUUAAUAUCCCAAGACUUGCAUAAAUAUGUUCUUUUGGAGUCUUGAGUUUUGCUCAUCAUCAAGGGUGAAUUUAUUUUUUUCCCAUCUCAGAGCUUUGUUGAGACUAUACAAUCUCCCUUUCAUCAAAUAUUAUUAAUGGAGAAAAGUGUUGAGGUAGGUAUUUCACUGUUGUAAUUUUUCUUACAAUUUGUUUUGCACCUUGAUUUAAGUUAUUUAUAAUGAUUCAUCUCUGAAACAUUGUGUGUAGUCUUUCUUUACUCGUAUUUUCUGGAAAUCAUUUGAUUGAUUUAAGAUGUCCGACACAAAAUUACAUGCAUGAUUGUCAUUGCUGCAGAGGGGGAUGGUUUUCUCUUGUUUUGAGGUAAAAUGUGAAUCUUCUACUCUGAGGCAAAUAGAUUGAUAUUUGUUCACCAUAGAAAUGCUUGUUUUUUGCCUCUUUUAUUUUUCGUUCCAUUACUUUUGUUUCUAAAGUUGAUAUAAGCCAGCACAGGUUUUAAAAAUGCUGCUUAUUCUGACAUGCAUUUGUCAUUGAACUACAUUCCGAAGGCACCAGUUUAGAAGAUGUAGGUAAACUUACUGAAUCUGUUGUUUGUUAUCUGCCAAAUCCAUGGCAUCGUAUUUAUAAUAUAUUUGGUGUAUGAUAUCAUCCGAUAUGAUGAUAUACUGAACGGAGAUCUAAUUCUUUAUUCCCUAGCCUCAUGUCAUUCCAGAUAUGGGUUCCUGUUGGGGCAAAGAUAAGUGGAUGUAGUCCACUCAUAAGCAGUUACUUUGACCUAUUAGGAACUGAUUUGGAAUGGUGAAUUACAUCCUAUAUAAAAAUAAUACUUGAUUUGCAGAGAGCUGUUUGAAUUGAAAAUUCAAAGGACUGGCAAAUACAGGUAUUUGGCUGUCUUUGCUGAAUGAUUCUAUGGCAGAAAUAUUGCCAUUUGCAUGCAAAACUAUCAGUGAACUAUGAUGCAGGAUACCUCCUUUUGUAAACAAACAAACAUCCUGCAUGUUAUUGUCUGGGUGAUUGGAGGUAAUUGGCUCUCAUAUCUAAUUUGGUGUUCAGGAACGCAUAUGUCCUCGUUUGGUAUCUGUUGAAAAUGAUGUGCUUUUUUAUUAUUCGAUUGGCAGUCAGCUCCUUUAUAAACUUUGAGUGGUGAAUUAAUGAUUGU